AUGAGUUCAUUACGUUUUCCUGCUAAUGCUCUUGCGUCGAUAGAACGAUAUUCUGAUGUCCGAGGCAACGGCAAAACGCUCUUAUUUGAAUUUCUUUUCUUUCUCUCCUUUUUAUUUUUUUGCUUUCUCUUUCUUUCUUUCUUUCUUUCUUUCUUUCUUUCUUUCUUUCUUUCUUUCCAUUCUUUGAUUGUUUCUUUGUUUCUUUUUUCUUUCAUUAAUUCUUUCUUUCUUUCUCGUUCCUUGUCUUCAGAUUUCUUACAUGAACUCUUCUUUCUUUCUUUGUUUUUUCUUUCUUUCUAUCUAACUGAGUUUAACAAUACUUUCUUUGUUCUUUCUUUUUUACUUGCUUCCUUUUUUACGUCUUUCCUUCCUUCUUUCCUUCUUUCUUUCUUUUUCUUCCUUCUUUCUUUCUUUCCUUUCCUUCUGUCUUCCUUCCUUCCUUCAUCGCCUUUCUUUCUUUCUUUCUUUCUUUCUUUCUUUCUUUCUUUCUUUCUUUCUUUCUUUCUACUUUAUUUUUUUCAUUGUAUCAUCUUCUUCCAUUCGAGAUCCUUUCUGCUGACUCCCUCUUUCGUAGUUGUCACCACACUAAUUCUAUCCUCCAUACUAGUUCUCCUCCAGCCAACAAUUCUCAGAUGUCUGUCCAUUAUCUAUCUAUCUAUCUAUCUAUCUAUCUAUCUAUCUAUCUAUCUAAGUUUCGUGAUGUUUAUCAACUGUCUCUUCGUAUCUAUCUAUCUAUCUAUCUAUCUAUCUAUCUAUCUAUCUAUCUAUCUAUCUAUCUAUCUAUCUAUCUAUCACAGUCGUCCCUCUCUAGCACGUCUACAUCACUAA